AUGUCGACCAACAAUUCCCGCCCAGCCUUUGCUGGAGACCCAACCUUGGACAAUCCCAAGCUGAUUAUCGAUUCUUGCAGGAACGUCGACCUGCCUCUGGCGGCGUUUAACCUCAACAAUAUGUAUGCGAUCCCGACCGAAAAUGUUCCUCGCCCAGGCUUCAACAACACCGGCAAAGAGGUCGAGGUCUCGAUGAACGCAUUCGGAAUCACCAAGUACCCUAGUCGGACCGUUUACCAGUACGAUGUCCACAUCGGAAAUGGUGCCGAGAAGACUGCCGUUAUCAAGAAGGUUUGGAGCUCGAAUGCGCGCAAGAACGCGCUUCGCCAGACCAUUUUCGAUGGACAGAAGCUUGCAUGGUCCAUGACAAAUUACCGUGACGGUUUGAACGUUGAAGUCGACCUGGAUAGCGAACAAGGCCGUCCGGCUGGCAAGACACCCAACCGUUUCCGUCUCGUCGUUCGUCCUACGAAGACGGUCAAUCUUGCCGUUCUCAAGGGUUGGCUUGAUGGCAAGAUUUCUAUGCAAGAAUCUGUCUUGGAAGCUUUGAAUUUCCUUGACCACGUGCUUCGUGAAUACCCAAGUCAGAAGUUCCUGGCUAUUAAAAGAUCCUUCUUCGAUGAGAACGGAGAGAACCAGGACUUAGGAAAUGGCGUCCUCGCUUUCAAGGGCGUUUACCAAGCGAUUCGACCUGCCAUUAAUCGUGGACUCGUCGUGAACGUGGACGUUUCGAACACCUGUUUCUGGGCCCGUACUUCUUUCAUGGGAGCUGCCAUGGCCGUUCUCGACGCUCGUGACAGGCAGCAUUUGAUCCAUCUCUUGAAGCCCAUCGAUGAUGGCCACGGCGGAAAAACUGAGUCGAAUGGUUUUUACGAAAUCCAUCGCCGCCUCAAGAAGCUUCAGGUUCAGCCGCACUACCGUGGCUGCCCCGUCCUGGGCACCAACUUCAUCGUCAAGGGCUUGAUUAACGGCAACGCUCGUCAGUACACCAUCGACUUGGUCGACAAAGCUACUGGCAAGAAGGAGACAAUCAACAUCGAGACGUACUUCAGGCGCAAAUACAACCUGGCUCUAGACUACUGGGAGCUUCCUAUGGUUGAGAUGACCAAGAAAGGUGUCGUCUAUCCCAUGGAAGUCUUGACUAUCCAUGGUCUCCACAAAUACCCCUGGAAGCUCAACGAGUACCAGACUUCGCAUAUGAUCAAAUAUGCCGCCUCUCGUCCGGCCGACCGUCUUAACUCUGUUCAAAAGUCCAAGAAGAUGCUCGACCACGCCAAUGAUCCGGUUCUCCAGAAUUUCGGCCUCCAGAUCGACAACAACAUGAUCCGGACCAAGGCUCGUUUGCUUCCAAACCCCGAGAUCCAAUUUGGUGGAAACCAGCGUCACAACCCAGGUACCAACGGCCGCUGGGAUCUUCGUGGAAAGAAGUUUUACCAACCCAAUCAAAAGCCCCUCGAGGCCUGGGGAGUUGGCUACUUCGUUGGCAAGCGGAACGCUGUCAACCGUACUCAGGUUGAGAGCUUCUGUGAUUCGUUCAUCAAGUUGUACAUGGGCCACGGUGGCAGUGUUUCCAAGCGUCCGAACAUCGUGGAACUGAGAGAAGAUAUUGGCGAAGCGGUCAAGCGUCUUUACAAUACGACCGGUGUCAAGUUCCAGAAGGACCCCCAGCUUCUUGUGAUCAUUGUUCCCGACAAGAACUCCUUCACAUACGCGCGAAUCAAAAAGUCCUGCGACUGCCGUUGGGGUGUUCCUUCUCAAGUUUUGCAGGCGGGCCAUGUCGCUAAAGGCAACCCUCAGUACGUUUCCAACGUACUCAUGAAGGUCAACGCCAAACUCGGAGGCACGACUUCGCGCGCCAUUCCCAAGGUUCCCGAAGCUGGCCUUCGGUCUCAUUCGAUGAUCAUUGGCGCCGACGUCACUCAUCCUACUCUUGGUGUCUGGUCACCAUCGAUGGCGGCUAUGGCAGUUUGCAUGGACACGUUCGGUGGUCGCUAUUGGGGCGCGUGCGAGACCAACGGUGAACGAAACGAAAUGAUUGCUCGUUCCAACAUUGAAGUCAUGUUGACUCCUCUUGUUCGCGAAUGGAUGGCUACUGUCGGACGCGGACGGGCUCCGGAGCACGUCUAUUAUUUCCGUGACGGUGUCUCGACAGGUCAAUUUGACCAGGUUCUUCAGCAGGAGGUUUUUGACAUGAAGUCCAUAUUCAUGAAGUUGACUCAAGACCAGUGGAAAGGAAAGUUCACCGUCGUCGUGGCAAACAAGAGACACCACCUGAGAGCUUUCCCCAAACCUGGAGACCGAAACACCUCCGACAAGAACGGGAACCCUCUGCCAGGUAUCUUGGUCGAGAGAGAUGUGACGAGCCCUCACGACUGGGAUUUCCUUUUGUACUCGCACAUUGCUCUUCAAGGAACAUCUCGCCCUGUCCACUACCAUGUAAUUUUCGACCAGAUCAAGCAUCGCCCACAAGAGCUCGAGAACAUGAUCUACGAUCAUUGUUACCAAUACAUGAGAUCUACGACUUCUGUUUCGUUGUUCCCGGCGGUCUACUACGCCCAUCUGGUUGCGACUCGGGCUCGUCAUCACGAGGAUGUCCCUGCUAGCUCUGGGCCCCAGAGUGGUCCUGAAGUGAAGAUGACGAACCCAAAGCCUGCGAAUAGACCUGUGGAUCCCAGGCUUUUGCCUAUUCACGGAACUUCGAACAGACUCACCUUCGGCAUGUGGUUCGUCUAG